AAAUUUAGUCCCGCCUUAAUAAUCCUAAAUUUGAGAAAUCUAUCGGAAAUGCCACUUCAUCGCUCUGCUGUUACUAAAUCACCCACCAAUUUGAAAAAACGUUCAGUUUCGGCUUCGACAAUGAUAGACUCGCUGUUUGUCUGUGUGAUUUGGCAUUGCACGCGUCUCAUUUUGAUUUAAAAUAGAGCACCCUGUGGAAAUCGUAUAGGACUCGGUAGACAAAAAAUCGUAUGCGUUUUGCACCUGAUUGAAUCACACAUUUUUGUAUCGAUUUUCAAAAGUGUUCAGUUUUUAUUUCUAUUUCAGUAAUUAUUUCUUGCUUACCUUCAUGAAUAGUAAUUUCUUUUAUCAGUAAAACGUGCGUUAGUCAGUGAAUUAAAAUAGAGUAGGCGUUGCAGAAAUGCAGAAACAUUCAAACAAAGAUGUUAACGUAAAUAUUGGCAUAGAAGCGGAAGAGUCGAUUCACAUCGAGGGGGUUUCUGCUACAGCAACGAAAUUUGGCGAAAGUCUCCGCGGUAUUUUCAGAUGGCGGCAAAGUUUCUUCAAGCUGGUUUGGAAGCAAGCCAUCAUCUACUACCUCAUUUACGUAUCGAUCACUUUGUUCUACGCUUUCGCUUUGGACACAGGUGGUCAGGCAAAUUUUGAUGCCGUGGCUAGCUAUUUGGCGCGAUACACUUCUAGCUUGCCCGUCGUUCUACUCUUGGGCUUCUUCACUUCAACAGCCCUUAAUCGCUGGUUCAACAUAAUGUCAAUUAUGCCUGGAACCAACCGAGCGAUCACACUUUUCGUUGUGUCGCUCAAAGAUGACGUUGCGGAUGGUCGUGCCAGAGUUGACGUGUACAUCCGUUACGUCCUGCUUAUGUGGCUACUCACAUUCCGCAUUGUCUGCCAACCUUUGAGAAGAAGAUAUCCUAAUCUGAUGGCAAUCCAGAAUGCAGGAUUACUAUGCGAGAACGAACGACUUUUACUGGAAAAGCACAAAGGGCAGACUGGCGGUACUUCGAGGACGUGCUCUCUAGUCGUCUACGACUGGUUAAACGCAUUGUUGCGGGACACUGCUCAGAAAGGAUACUUUUUCGUUGCUAAUGAUUUCGGUCGUAACAUCGACGCUAUCCAGGCCUUGAAGAAAGGUGGUGGAACAGUAAUUAAAUUCGCUACAAAGAACAUUCCUGUUGCCCUGAUUCAAGCUGUGACAAUUGCCAUCUAUUGUUACGGACUCGUGUCUAUAUUGUCCCAUCAAAUAGCGGAAAAACAUUACUUGACAUCGGUGAUGAGUGGUUAUUUUCCGUUGCCCUACGCUUUGCCAUUCUUCUUUUACUAUGCCUGGCUCAAAGUUGGCCGAAUUGCCACUGACCCAUUUGGUAACGAUGAAGACGACAUCAAUAUGCUAAACGUUUUCGAAGGCCACAUCAAUGGGGCGGUACGCUUGCGUAACUCCUACGGGAUUAAAAUUCCAACUUCGACAACAGAAGACAACCCCUUCUUUUUGACAUAAGCUAACAUAGCUGAUUUCUUACUGAAAAUUCAUUUUAUUCCGAAAACUGAUGUGAACAAAAAUUGAAAAUUACAAUUUCUUGAUAAU